UGCGCGCCACCCAGCCUUCGGGAGCGAGUACCGCUUGCACCGGGACUUAACAGAGAGGACAAUCAGAGAGAAAGAGAGUCCAACAGCUACAGGAGGAGGAGGAGAGAGGGAGGUGGUUAAUUUUUAAGAUGCACUCAGAGUUGCAAGCAAACCUGCUCAUACUGUUCACAUAACGGUCGAUUAACGUAGGACCAUCGUCUAUGCACGAUUUUCUGGCGUGUUUAAAAUAAAAAAUAUUGUUUAUCUACAUCGUUUAUCUACAUGUUCAUCCCUUUAGCGACGUCCAGGCACUGGAUGAUAAGUCAGUAAACCUCAAUCCCCACAAACCACCCCACAAACUGACCCUCAGCCACAGACGCUCCGGACACACAGACCCCCGUCCCUACUCAGUGUCCUCCGCUGCCCGUCUGCGUCUGUGUCUCCGUCUGGGCCGAUGGCGUCGUGGUUUGGCUGGGGGGGCAGCGAGCCGCAGUACCGGAGCCCCCGGCGGGAGCCCUCGGAGGUGGUGACGGACACGCUGAUGCUGGAGCUCAGCUGGCAGCUGAAGGAGGCCGAGAGGUUGCAGCGCGAGCGUGACAGCGAGUACCGGCGCCUGAAGACUGGUGUGGACUACAGCUGGCUGGUCAGCACACCCCGCAGCAGCUUCGACAUCAGCCCCGGCGAGCGCCACGCCCUCGAGGAACUGUGCGCCAAGGUGCCGCCGGCGCACUGUGGCGCCGUCAUACUCCGGUUCCGCCAGGUUCUGGAGGAGAACGAGCCGGAGGUGCCGGAGGUGCCAGGCCUGUUCCGUUCGGUGUUGCUGGAGUCGCUGGAGCGCGUGCGUGAGGAGGAGGAGGCGCAGCGUCUCUCCCAGCAGUGGAACAGCCGCCAGCGCGCUGUCAGCAUGUCCCUGCUCAGCUUCCGCAGCCGUGUCCGCAUCAACCCGUUCGGCAGCAGCGCGCACCUCACCUCCACGGCCAACGGGGGCCCUGGCGACGCCUACGAGCCCGAGGUCAAGACUGUGUCCGAGGACGUGGAGAGGGGGCUCGGGGCAGUGCCGGGGAUGAGGGCUGGAGGAACUGGACGAGCCCCCCGUGUGUGCAGCAUGCCUGACUUCAGGCACCAGGGCAUAAAUGGACAUGUUGGGUGAUGGGAGUAAUAUGGUGAAGAGAGAGAGAGAGAGAGAGAGAGAGAGAGAGAGAGAGAGAGAAUGAGUGGAGGAUGCAAAUUGCAAAUGACUGAGUUUAUAAAAUGGAAAAUGAGUGAGAGAAAAGUAUGAAACUGGAAUCAUGAAAGUAUGUACAGAAUGGUAUGGAAGUACUGGAGUGUUUUGUCAGAAAUGUCCUUUCCUGGUUCUGGUUUGUGGGUGGAGAGAGCAAUAAGGACUUUUAGUACCUCACCCCUUUUUUUUUUAUUUCGGUGGCAGUAUCACAACCAACAAUCCAAUACAUAAGCCUAACCCUAGCCAUUAACACAUCUAUUAAUAAUUACGUUGAAGAGCUAUGACAAACUUUUCAAGAGAUUAUAAGGUAAUUACAGGAUUUUUUGACAGUAUAAACUCAGUGAGCAGGAAUGAAAAUAUGUCAAUAUUACAUUGGAUUGUGUAACCACAUAGUGGGUGUAGGAUGUGAAUCUAGGUCUUCAGCUGCAAAGUUGUUGAAGUCAAGAUUGUGUCAUUGACCACAGUAAGUCAGGCCAAUCCAUCAACCAGCGUUACUCACAGAACUGUGCAAUUUGUAAAGGCCAGGAGACAGGCAAUUUACUCUGCAGUUAGACCUUCACAACCAGAGAUUCAGUCUCCACAUAAUAAUUUUCAGGUCUUACGUAAAUGUUUUCUUGUCAGAAUGUUUCUGUAGCUCAACUGGUUCCAAGGUGCUAUCUACUUCAAGGUCAUCUCAUUCAAGGGUGCAUGCAUGCAUAAUGAAGAAUUAUUCAAUGGUAACACUUCAGAUAAAAGCAUGUACUGAAUAGCAUCAGUUCAAUGAA